UUACAAAGACCAAGCGUCUGACAGAUCAAGAUUUUUGUAAACAAAUUGAAAUGUUGAAAAACGUUGCUGUUAUUUAUUGACAACAGCGCAUGAACGUAUUUUGCAUAAUUUGACGAUCAAAUCAUUGGUUUUAUGAGUAAAUUUGUCUGAAAAGUGAUUUAAUAAAAUUUAAUAAUGUAGAGAUCUAUGAUGGAUGUAGAGAUCUAUGAUGAAAGUACUUUCCUAAUUAUUUGUCCUGGCUUUUUUGCUGAGAUGUGAUCAGGUUUUGCAUUUGUGGAUGAACUGUUGCAAUUGUUGUUAUUGUUCUUCAUUUAAUUGGCCUGACAUAAUGGCUCUUGAACCAGGGAAAGAAGAUCUACUUGAGACAUUCAGGAAAACAUGGCAGCAGGAGCUAGAAUCAGAACCUAUUUCAAAAAGAAUGAAAUAUGACAAACAAGAUGACCCAUUGGCUCAAGCCUCAAAGGAAUCAAAUGAUCAUUUUGAUUUAAAAGUUUCUAUUGGUUCAGAAGUAUGCAAUACUAGAGCAUCAAGUGCUUUUGAUAGCAACCAUGAUGUCAUAUUAAAGAAUUUCAAACCAGCCUCUGAAUCUAAAGAACACACAACUGUUGUAAGUACAGCUGCUACAGCAGGUCAUUCAGGAGAAAAACAUAUUGAAAGCUACAGUAAAAGAAGACAGUUGAAAAAAUUGUCAUCCUUGAAGCUGGAGGAAAUAUUUGUGGAGCGACAGUCAACUGAAGUUCCAUCAGAGAGACUUCUCGAUAAACUUAUUUCUGAUAUAGAUGAAAUCACAGAAAUACCUUUCUUUGACAUAAGCCUUCCAAGGGAGGUUGCUGUAAAGAUAUUCCAAUUUCUUUCUGUAAAGGAUCUAUGCAGUUGUGCUCAGGUUAGUUCUAGUUGGAGGAGUCUGGCGGAAGAUGAACUCCUGUGGUGUCAGAUCUGUCACCGUCUCGGUCAGGAGAAGAUUUACACAACAAGGGAGAAGUCGAAUUGGAAACAGAUUGUGCAGCAUAAUGUGGAGCGACAGCUCAUGCUGGUGGCAAACUGGAAGAACUACAAUGGUAAGCUGACCAAGCUGGAGCACAUGAAGGGCGGAAUCCUCACCUGUCUACAUUCCUGUGAUGACACGGUGGUGGCAGGGUACACCAAUGGUGAUGUCAAGCUGUGGAGGAUAUCAGGUGAUGAGAGUUGUGUGUUCCAGCCCUCAUCUACGGCCCUUUUGGCCCCAACAGAUGAUACAGAGGGGACGGGGCAGACUAAUCUGGUGGAUAGUGUGCAAACAGCUGGCAAGGUCACUGUGGCUGCCUAUACACAUGGAAAUAUUGACAUCUGGGAUAUGAAUGCAGGUACCCAACCUGUAUACACUCAUCUAGCUCGAACCGGGCACCGAUAUACUCCAUCCAUUAAUCUGGCUCCCAGUGGAGAUAUGCUGGUCACUGGCUAUGCACAUUUCAUCGAUAUACUUCUUAGGGAGGGACCAGACUCUGAAUUUAAUAGUAUGCAGAUAGAUACUGAGUUUGAUGUCCACCAUGUGAAACUGUAUCCAUCGACAAGCCGUGAUAUACCAUCUGUGAUUUACUCAAAACAAAACGCCAUCUACAUGCACACACUUAACCCCCAGGGUUCGGCAUAUGUGGGGUCAACCUCAGAACUCCACAACAUCUAUGGAGCAUCAGUAGAUAGGGUAGACUUCAAAGUUGACCAAUCGUUGUUGGGCGUGGCCUUGGGAAUAGGCUCAUGGGCAGGAUUUGAUGAUAAACUAACAAUCAAACUGUAUGACAUCGGCUCAGGAAAGUUACUACAAACACUGGCUGGUCACACAUGGCUGAUUACAGCUCUCAACAUGCACGAAAGUCCCGCGCACGAGCUGGUCACAGGGUCAGCUGAUCGCAAGGUGCGUGUCUAUGACGUCCGUGAACGUGAUCCGGUCGAGAAUGGCUACUAUCAUUCUUUACCCGUGCGUGCCGUGCAGAUGGACGAAUGGAAGGUCGUGUCCGGGUCGGAGGACGGGUUUGUACGUGUAUGGGACAGGCGGACUCGUAGUAAACUCUGGGAAUAUAAUAAUAGACAUCCUAUUCGUUACUUGCAUUUUGAGGACAAGAACUUGAUUGUUGGGAAUGUUCCAUCAAACCGGUACCCUGUUGAUGAUGAAGGUGAAUCAGUCACACAUAAAAGAUAUCGAGGUUCUAUAAGCAUCUACAACUUUCUGGACGAUCUAACCAACCAGGAUAUUCCUGAAGUCUGUCUAUCAACGUACGACCAGCCAGAGGCAUCCAGAUACAACAUCUCCCUGGCUGUACCCUAUGAUGCCCUGCAGUUUUAGAGGAAAUAAAAGUUCAGAUUAGUGACAGGUUAACAGUUUCCCCACAGUGAACUUCAGAUUUAUGACAGAUGAACAAGUGCAUAACAAUGCACUUCAGAUUAAAAUUUCUUGUAUAUUUUUUUAACUAAGAAUAAGUUUUCCUGGAAAUGCAUAUGAAAACACUUAUUUUAUUAUUUUACUCUAUCUAUGAUAUUGAAUUGCAGAAAAAAAUACAAUUAAAGUAUAAAAAAAUAUUUUGGUGCAAACCCACCCUGGUGAAGUCAAGAAAAAAAUAGAAAACCAAAACCAUAAUCUAUUAUGCCAUAAGCACUUAUACAACAGUGUAUGAAUAUUUUAAAAAUACAUUGAUAACAUCACGUGAAUGUGUCAAUCAAACAAUUACGCAAAUAUAAAAUCGCUGAAAAUGUGAUCCUCAAAGACGAUAUUUGAGCAGGUAUCAACAUUUGCUGAAAGGUUUCAGCUGUCGGUUUCUGAGUUUCAACACUCUUAAUGAUAUUCCACACAUUUUUGUAAUAAAAAAGUGCUCUUUACCAUGAGCCAGCCCCUUUAUGAUAAAUGAAAGCAUAUGUAUUUGAUUCUCAGAAAUGAUGCAUAAUUGUGUUGACUAGUUAAAUCAAAUUUCUUUUAAAAUGAUUAUGAUACAGUUUUAGAAUAUAUCAUAAUCUUAUGAAAUUUGUGUUCAAGAGUUUAAGGUUGUAACAUUUCAACUAAAAUUAAAUGGUUUUCAAUUCACAUUACAUCACCAUAUAUGCCUCAUUUCUGGAAACCUCCCCAGGGGAUUUUAUUCAGAAAACCAGGGUAUUUUUACAUUAGCUAAGUGGAGUUUUAACACAUCUAGAAAUUGCAUCAAUAUCUUAUACGUGCCAUUAAUCAGGAAGGUUUCCAAGGAAGGUUUUAUUCAGAAAACCAGAGCAUUUUGCCUUCAACUUGAGAGAUACAAUCAGUAAUCGUCGUUCCAUUGCAACUUGCAAGCAUAUUUAUACUUGUUCUUUUUUUUUACUGAAAAGCACUGUGUUGAGGCUAUAUGUUGUAAAAAAAUGUAUGUAUAAUGCAGUGUCUACAUUUCAC